AUGCAAAACAAUAUGGAUCAAAAUGCGCUAGAUUAUUUCUACGAAGAUGAAGAACCAGACUUUUAUCAGCGUCUCGGAGCCUUCAAAACGUCUAACCCGCCAAGUAAUCGAUUUCAGCGACGGUUUAUCCAUAUUUCGAAAGAAAAGUCAGAUUUCAAAAAGAGUGUGGAGCUGGUUCUUUGUGUUCACGGAUGGAAAACUCCAGAAAAGAAAGAACCCAUGACGCUUAUCAUCCUCAGUGUCCGUUUGUCGUGCCACAAGAGGAACAGCCGAUACCGGUCUGUGACAAUCACGCUCAGCUUCCGCGAAGAUAACGAGCCAGGUUCUUCCAAGGCUGCCUUGGAAGCAUCGCCAGAGGUUGCGGCCUAUGCUCCGUUCGUCGAAGAGAAGCGCUGGAAUAAGACCAUGUCAUCCAACCAGGAUGGGAACAGCUAUGGUGCUGGCUUAUCUGGGGGUCAAUUCGUGACGGCCAAUGUAAAUGCCAAUAGGCAAGCCAACAUCUCCUACACACGCCAGUACUUUGACAGAGGGACGGCCGACCGUUUAUAUGAUGAUCACAAAGACCGCCUCUACGGUGUGCAGUGGUACUGCGAGCAGAACCAACUCGCAAAGACUGGUGUCGAGCCACACUUCCAUUUGGCUAUCCUUGUUGACAGAAAGCACGAUGCCAAUAAUGAGCCUAUUCCUUUCAGUGCUAUCCUCGAUAUGAAGUUGGAAGCAGGUUUCGCUCACGAUUUUGGAUCAGGAAUUCGGCGCAUCUUCAGAUUGAAGAAGCCAGCAGACGCUCCGAUAUUCUUUGAUCCAUCUAAGCAGCCUCAAGUGUGCGGGCUUGAUGGAGUUGGGGAAAAUAUACUUCAAAAUAUUCAAGUCGACAAUCUUGGAGCGUUGGCAAAAAAACAAAAGCUUACUUCGCUGGUAGAAAUCCCAUUUCCUGGUCUUGAACCGCUGUUGCCCCCAUGUUGAGCUUCUAUAGAUGGAGGCUGGAUGGUUCAUUUUUUUUUUUUUU